AAUAAUGAUGAAUAUGAUAUUGUUGUUAUUGGUACUGGUCUAUCUGGUGUAGCAUGUGUUUAUUGGUUACGUAAACUUUAUCCUGUUGAACGUUUUCCACGUAUACUUUUAGUUGAAAAAAAUGUUCGACCUUGUUCAGGUGCAUCUGGUCGUAAUGGUGGUUUUCUUUGGCCAAGUUAUGAUUAUUUAGCUGGUUAUGUUGAAGAUUUUGGUUAUGAAAAUGGUUGUCAAUGGAUUGAAUUUCAACAUGAAAAUAUGCGAUCAAUAGCUCAAGCUGUAAAAGAAAAUAAUAUUGAUUGUGAAAUAAAUUUAACACGUGGAAAUGUUGCUUUAGCUCGUACUCAACAUGAAUUAGAUAAUCUAAUUAAAUCAUAUGAAUUAAUGAAAGAUUAUUUAGAAAAACAUACAAAAACUAAAAUAUCAUUAGAUAAUCUUGAAUUAUGGGAUGAUAAAAAAUGUCAAGAAAUGUUACAUUCAGAUAAAUUUAUUGGUGGACUUUUUAUGCAUGAAUCUGGUACAAUUUGGGUUGCAAAAUUUGUUUAUGGUUUACUUCAAUAUUGUCUUGAACAAUCUGGUAUUGAUUUAAUAACAAAUGGUAAAGUUAUUCGUAUUGAAAAUUCAAAAAAUAUUAUACUUGAAAAUGGUCGUGUUAUUAUUGCACAUCAUGCUAUUGUUCAUGCAACAAAUGCUUAUUCUGUUGAAUAUUUAGAUUUUGUACGUGAGAAAAUUAUUCCAAUACGUGGUCAAUGUAGUCGUUCAAAACCAAUUGAAACUAUUUUUUGGCCAUUUGGUUUAUCAGCACGUGAUGGAAGAGAAUAUUAUCAUCAAUCACCAAUUGAUGGUCGAAUUAUACUUGGUGGUUGCCGUUGGAAAAGUCCUGAUACUGAACAUAAUAAUCAAAAUGAUUCGGAAAUUAAUGAUUUAAUACGAGAAGAACAUGAAAGAUUUUUUUCUCAAUGGCAUCCAGGUCUUGCAACAAAAAAUCAUAAUGUUGAAAUUGAACAAGAAUGGGCAGGAAUUAUGGCAUUUACUAUUGAUCAUUUACCAUUAAUUGGACCUUUACCAGGUGAUAAUAAACAAUUUCUUAUAUGUGGUUAUAAUGGCAAUGGAAUGCCAAAUGGAUUUUUAUGUGCCAAAGCUAUUGCUCGUAUGAUUGCAAAUGAUGAUCCAUAUAAAGAAGGAGAAGAAAAUAAUACAGUAACUUUUCUAAAAAUGUUUUUACCUGAACGAUUUAUUAAUCCAUCUACGAUACAAUUACCACAAAAAGAAUAA